AUGAGGGGGCAGCGCAGGCUGGCGGGGGAGCCCCUGGAGAUCCAGGUGCUGAGGGUGAAGGAGGAAGAGGAGGAGGAAGGAGCCCGGUGCCAGGAGUACGUCUCGGAGCCGCUGUGCCAGGAGGGGGCCAGGGGCCGCUGCCACGCCCGCCCGGGGCCGCGCCUGUUCUUUGCCCCGGCAGCGCCCCCGCGGCCACGCCCCGGUGCCGGGUGGGACGCCGGCCCCCCGGCUAAGCCCUACGCCUGCUCGUUCUGCCCCAAGCGCUCCUCGGACCGGCGGGCCCACGAGCGGGUGCACACGGGCGAGCGCCCCUACCGCUGCCGGGCGUGCGGCAAGCGCUUCACCCAGUCCUCGGUGCUGACCGGCCACCUGCGCCUCCACACGGGCGAGCGCCCCUUCCGCUGCCCCGGCUGCCCCAAGAGCUUCAGCGACGCCUCCAACUUCAAGAAGCACCAGCGCAUCCAUGCCCAGCCCCCGGGCAGCGAACCCGCCUGCCCCCCUGCCCCCCCGAGCCAGAGGGGCACUGGUGGGUGUGCCAAGGACCUGGCGCGAGACGGCGACGGUGACGCCAAGGGGCUGGCGCUAACUUGGGCGUCCCUUGGGUCCUCUGCCGAGGUCCCCAGGCCUGACUUCCCGGCUUAUGGUGCCUGCCCGUCCCUGUCGGCGGUGGGGCUGGCGGACGGCCGGUGCCCCGGGGCAUGGCAGCAUCUGGCAGUGGAGCGAGAUGCAGAGCAGGGCUCCCCUGUCCCUGGCACGGGUGCCUGGCUGUCCCCCAGCGACUCGGGCUGCGGGGAAGCUGGCGACGGAGGAAGAGCAGCUGAGGAAGAGGAGGGUGGUCGUGCUCACUGCUUCUUGCUGGAAAAGCUGGACCGGGCGCCCCAACUGUGCCCGAGCCCUGAUACCCACGAGCUGCGUGUGCCAGUCCAUGCCCCUCCCUGGUGCCCGAGCCCCAAUGCCCGUUCCCCACGCGGCAGGCCGCCCGCCCCCCCGCCCGAUGCCCGGCAAUACAUCUGCUUCGUGUGCUCCAAGCGUUUCAGGCGGGCCACGGACCUGAAGGAGCACCUGCGGGUGCACACGGGCGAGCGCCCCUUCGCCUGCGGGGUCUGCAGCAAGCGCUUCACCCAGGCCUCGGCCCUGUCCACCCACCAGCGCAUCCACACGGGCGAGCGCCCCUUCCGCUGCCCCGUCUGCCCCAAGAGCUUCAACAACGCCUCCAACUUCGCCAAGCACCGGCGGGUGCACUCGGGGGAGCGCCCCCACCGCUGCGCCCUCUGCGGGAAGGGCUUCCAGGAGAUCCGGCACCUCCAGGCCAUGCACCCGCCGCUGGGGUGAGCGCGGGGUGGGGCCCACGGCCGGCCCGGGCACCCACCACUGGCCUGAAUGCCCACAUCCAGGCUGGGCAGCAGCCGUUGGCAUGUGGCGCAGGCGGGGAGGCCGUGGCAUGGCCAGGCGGUGGGCACUGGGCUGAGAGUGAAAAUGCCUCAGCCGAAUCCUCUGCUAGCAACGAUCUCCCCUCCACGUAUGUCCUGCUGGGGGAUGCUCUGGAGCGCGGUUGGGGGAAGUGUUCACCCGCCCAGUUUUCACCAAGUUGCUUUUCACCUUUUGUGGGAUGAAUUUUUUUCCAACCCAAAACCUCAGAAAUAACCGGAACGUCUCCCACCCGCUAUAAAACAUUGUGAGGACAUUUCCCCUCCACAAGGUGAAAAAUAACCUGCAAAACAAAUCAAUUUCCCCCCGAUUCUCCAGGGAUUACAAGCUUGGUUGAUAAAGGACAUCGUUUUGAUCUAAUAUUUUGACUUGGUAUCUUGAUUAAGAAACUAGAAUGGUGCCCAAUAACCGUGGCCUACGAUAAAUGGCUUAAGAACUGGCUAACUGAUAGAGCUCAAAAUGUAACGGUUACUGGGCCCGCGUCAUCCAGCGGGUGUGUUUCCAGCAGGGUCCCUCAGGGACCUGUUCUCGGCCCGACGCUAUUUACCGUUUUUAUCAACGGCCUGGGAGAAAACAUAAAAUCAUCGCCCAGCAAGUUUGCAGGUGACCUAGAAAUGGCAGGAGUGGCCAGUACCGAAGAGGCCACGUCACUGAUCCAGUAAAUGCCAAGGUAUUCAGCUAGGAACAGAGAUGUCAGUCGGGCGGGCAGCUGGGGGACCCUCUCCUGGGGAGCAGCGACUCUGACAAUGAUUGGGGGCAGGCGGGUGGCUGGGGGACCCUCUCCUGGGGAGCAGCGACUCUGACAAUGACUGGGGGCGGGCGGGUGGCUGGGGGACCCUCUCCUGGGGAGCAGCAACUCUGACAAUGACUGGGGGCGGGCGGGUGGCUGGGGGACCCUCUCCUGGGGA